AUUUUGAAUUAAUUAUAUUGUCAUAGUUUCACAUGAAAUUAUUUUUCGGCUUUGUCAUCAAGCUUUAUUAAGUCAAUAAUAAAGAUGACGCUGAAAACCGAAGAAAACGAACCAGUAGAUGUAGUUAAAUAUUCAAAAAAGAUAUGUACCAAAUUGCAGAGUGAAGACCGCAAACAGCGGAAACUUGCUCUAAAAGAACUUCAAACAUUUUUGACCGAAAAGAAUCCAGAUCACGAAAACCUUCGAAACAUAUUCAACGAAACGCAGGUUUAUUUGGUGAACACUCUUAGGGAUAAGUCCGAAGAGGUCAGAGAAACUGGAAUUUCUUUUUUGACGUUUUUGAUAAUUGAUAUUCUACCUAUAAAUGAUUUUUAUCUAACUUAUAUAUUUCCUGUUCUUGUUGAACGUAUUGGAACCGUCGAACUAAUUGAGGAUUCUGAGGAAAUAAGAUUGGAGUUAUUGGUAUUCCUUUCCAAAAUAAUUUCAAAAUACACUGAAACCGAACAAUUGAAACCAUUUUUGAAUGAUGCUGUUACAAUUCUCUGUGAAACAGUCAAAGAUAGAUAUCCAGCAAUAAAGGAAAUCAGCUGCAGGUGUAUUGUAUCACUUGCGAAAGCCUUGCCUAGAGAUUUUCAUCUGCAAGCUGAAAGUUUAAUCAAACCUGUGCUUACAUGUUUCAAUCAUCAAAGGUUCAAAGUGAGAGUAGAAGGCAUCAAUUGUAUAGGUGAAAUUUUAAUGCACUGCACUUACAAAGCUGUGGAUAUGGUAAUGAUUCCAAUGGCAGAAAAAUUGUUUGAUUCCAUACCAAUAGUCAGGAGAACUGUAGCACAAGUAGCCAAAAAGUGGCUGACCGAAUAUAGAGACAGAUAUUCCUUCUUUCAUAAGAUACUUCCUCUUCUGUUAACUGGAUUGAAUGAUGAGGUUGAAGAGACCAGAAAAGAAGCUACAGAAUUCUGGGAGACAGUUGGUCUGCAAUUUCAACAAGAGAAUGAAAAGGAUUUGAAAGAUGAGAUGGAUUUCCUUAUUGAACCCCCAAAAUAUUAUUUAGAUCAUUUGAAACGCCCAAAUUUAGGAUGCAGAGUAUUAGUUCAAAGACAUGUGGGAAAAAUAGCACCAGCUAUAGCCAAUGAACUACAAAGUUGGCAAGCUGAUGUGAGGUUCCGGUGUAGUCAACUUCUCUGCUCUGUCGCACUUCAUUCAGAAAGCCUAAUUACCAUGCAUCUUCAAUCAAUCCUACCAGCAAUGUUCUCUACUGCUAGAGAUGAUGAUUUGAGGGUGGUGGAUAAUAUAAUUCGAGCAUCUGAAAUAAUUGGAUUAUUUGUUCCAUUUGAAUCUUGGAGUAAAUUAGUUUUUCCACAAAUUGAGAACUGCUCACAUUAUGGUCAUAUAACUGUGUUGAGGAGCCUGAUAAUGGGAAGUCCCAAGGAUUUAAUAUGGAGUCAUUUAGAGGAAGUGACUGAAAUUUUAGAAACUGAUGCUAUUUGUAUUAGUAGGAAGAAAAAAUAUCAAAUAGAAAUGGUCAAAUGUGUUGAAGCCAUUUGUGAGAAAUAUCAAGCGAAAACAGAGUCCAAUGUGGGCUAUCACCUUUUUAAAAUACUAGUAACAACAAUCGCUCUGAGAGAUAUUGAAAACACUCAUAUGGGAAUAAAUCUUUUAGAAAAUUUAAGGACCACUUUGAAUAUGGAGAAUGUGACUGACCUUUGGAGCACUUAUUUGAAAAAAUUACUGAAAGAAAUCAACAUCGAUCCAUCUGUCUGGACGUUAGUCACUACCCAAUGUUGCAUAUUCGAACUUGUUCUCACAGAAUCCGGGGAAGCCUUUGGAGAACAUUUGGAUGAUAUUCUACCAAUCCUGAAGGAAGUUUUGGAUUCCAAUACAGAUGCAGAAUGUCGACUAAAAAUGUUUUUAGCUUUAACAGUCGCUUUUGAAGCCAAAGAUACGACAUUGAAGAAAUCCAGCAAUUUGACACAAUUCUUCGAAGAAGUCAUAAAAGAUGUAUUCAUCCCUUCUUUGGUUUGGCAUGCAGGAAGAACCGCAGAAGCUAUGAGAACAAUGGUUGCUACAUGUCUGAAAACUGCUCUGUCUCCAGCGCCUAACGUUGACCUGUUCGCAAAUGGUGAUAGUUUUCAACCACUUUUUGACAAACUGCUGCCACUUCUUCUUUCAUUAGUUGAAGACGCUGCUUGGAAGAGUAGGGUUUUAGCCUUGGAAUGCUUGGUUUUGUUGAAACAGAUAGCGGUUCAAAAGAAUAUAUGGAACUCGGAUAGUUUGAUCAAAAUUUAUCCUGAAAUGAUGAAACGCCUCGAUGAUCCUACAGAAAAAGUACGGGAAGGUACAACGAGGGCACUAGUGGAUAUAUUUGAAGAUUGCCCAGAUGACUUCAAAGCAGUUCACUACAAGGCACAUCAUGAUUUGAUAAUAGAUACCCUACUAAUACAUUUCGACGAUGAUGAAGAAAAUAUUCAAGAUUUGAUAUAUGGUGUACUUAAAACAAUUGCUAAAAUCAAUAAAGAACAACUUAUUGCCAAGCUCGAAAAACAAAAAUCAUUGCUGCAUAAUCAAAAAGGUUGUGAAUCUUUAAUAGAUGCUCUCAAAUGAAUAAUUGGAUGCUGCGGGAUAGUUGAUGUUCAUUUCUCACCCAUUUUAUCUGUUUGUAAAGAAUUCUGAAUAAAAUAAAAGAACUGGUUAUAAAGUU